AUGGUCAAUGAAAUUACCUACUUUGAUACUUAUGGAAGAGCUGAUUUCAUUAAAUUAAUUGCAGAAAUUGGUGAAAUUCCCUACACACUCCGAAAACUCAACUUUUACAACGAGUGGCCUCUCGUGAAACCCUCUUCUCGUUACGGUUUUGUUCCAUUCGUCAAAAUCAACGAACAUUGGACACUCGAUCAAGCCAUUGCCAUUGCUCGUUAUUUCGCCCAAGAAGGAAAUGCACAAUUGUAUCCUCGUGAUCGUUUUCGAGCCACACUGAGUGAAGAAUAUAUUGCAGCCAUGGAAGAUGUAUAUGAUGAAUUUUCAAGAAUUGAAUUUGCAACAGCUGAAGAAUUCAAAGAGGAAGAACGAGUAAAAUUUAAGAAUGGAAUUUUGAAACGUGUUGCAACUGCGUUGAAUUUGGAAUUAGAAAAACACGAUGGAUAUUUAAUUCCAUUAUUACUAAAUGAAAAGGAAAUUCAUGAAAAGAAGAAUUUAGAGUUGGAUGAUGAACAACAAUUGCAUUCACAACAACAACAACAACGUCUGACAUGGGCCGAUGUGUACUUGUUUGAAUUGGGAAAUUUAUUGAGAUAUUUCAUGAAGGUGAAUAUUGAAGAAUUUAUUCCACAAUUUACCAAAUUGAGAGAACAUGUUUGGAGUAAUGAAAAGGCGCUUGCUUAUUUGAAGAGUGAAAGAAAUUUGAGAGGAGAGCUUUAA